AUGAAUAAUUUAACGAACGUAUAUAACUAUUCGAGUAAUGUUAUAAGUAGCCCUCGAACAUCAUCAAUGUUAAGUAUAUCUUCAUCUCAGAAUUUGAGCAAUAAUUAUAAAUUUUCCAAUUUUCAAAAUGAAACGAUAAAUUUAAUUUUAGAAAAUUGUGUCCAAGAUUGGUUCCCCUUUUUAAAAGAAGAAAAUGAUAAAAAUAAUAAUAUAGAAAAAGAUUAUAACUUAAAUAAUGAAAUUAUAAAACUGCAAAAUUUUUACAAGGGAGUAAAAUCAUCAGAAUUUCCUUUACAAAAAUUAUACAAAACAGAUAGAAGUAUUUCUAACCUAAAUGAAGAUUACGACGAUGAAGAUAUAUUUUACAAUAGUAAUAGUAUAUAUAUGAACAUCUUAAGUGAAAGUGAUAUAAAAAAUAACAAAAAUGAAAUUCCUUUUAACAAGUCAUUCAUUAAAGAUAAAGUAAAUGAAGACAAAAAUUACAAAAUAGAUACUAAUGAAGCAAAUGAUGUUAAUGAAAGUAAUUACUUUUAUGAUUGUAUAGCAGAACAAGUUAGUGAAAUUAAUAAUAAUUUUAAUUUACAUGAGAAAAAGAAUAAUAAAGAAAAUGAAAGAAAAGAAAAAAUUAAAUUGGAAAAACUUGAUAAAAUAAAAAAUGAGAUUAAAGAAAAAAAAAAAUUAAGUCUUCAAAAAUUUAAAAAAGAAAAUGAAGAAAACAAAAAUUAUGAAGAAAUUAAAAAAGAUUCAAAAAAAGAAGAAAAGGAAGAACAAAAGCAACAGCAACAUUUAUUAAUAUUACAACAUAAAGAAGAAGCAGAAAGAAAAAACAAAAAAAAAGUAAUGGAAAAAGAAAAAAGUGAAGAUGAAAAUGAAAAAUAUGAAAUAGAAGAAGGAAAUUUAUAUAAUAAUAUUAGUAGUAACAUAUGUAUAGUUAAUGAUCCUAAAAAAAACAAAAGUAUAGUAGAAAAAACUAGUAGUAAAGAUAACAUAAGCAGGAUUGACAAUGAAAAAAAUAUGGAAAAUAAUUAUUCUACUGAAAAAUAUAAAUUAAUGAAUGCAAGAAAAGAUAUGAAUACUAAUGAAUAUAAAGAAAGUUAUAAAAAUAUAAAUAAUAAUCCAAUAAAUAAAGAAAAAAUUCAAUACAUGGAGUACGAUAAAAGAAGCAUAAACUCUAUUAUUGAAGAAAUAAAAAGUGAAGAAUCAAAGGAAAAAAAUAUUACAAUGGAAUCAUAUGGGAAUAUUUAUUUAAGCAUUUGUAUGAAUGUUUUAAAAAAAGAUUUAGAUUAUUUUUUUUCUCCAUGCCAAUUAAAAAAUGAGAAGCUUUUGUAUGAAAAAAAAAAAAUUAAAGAAAUUUUAAAGCUUUAUGAUAAAUUAUUUUAUAAUCAUUUUAAAUUUAUUCCAAAUAAAUUUUACAAAGAAACAUUAAGACCAAUUUAUUCGUAUUAUCAAAAUUUAAAAUGUAAUAUAGAGGGGAAUACUUCUAAUAAUUCUUUUGAUUUGAAAUCAGGAAAAUCUUCAUCAUUUAAUAAAGAUAAUGAAAUUCAGACAAAAGUGAAUAAUAAAGAAUAUGAUGAUAUAAAAAGUAUUCAAAAAAAAAUCUCCAAUGAAUAUUCAAAUUUAGGUAGUUUUUCAAAUAUAAUAAAUGAUUCUAACAUUAAAAAAAUAUUACUAGAUGUUGAUGGGAAUAAAGAUAUUAGCCAUUUAGAAAAGGAUUAUAAAUAUAUAUUUAAAGAUUUAGUGAAACUAAAAAGUUUAUUAUUAAAAAAAAGGCAUUACAAAAACAUUUUAUUUAAUUAUCAAAGAAAUUUCGUUCAUAUUAAUAAUAGAUGCGUUAAAACAUAUAGAGAUAUUUAUCCUGUAGAGAAAGAAUAUAAAAUAUAUACUCAAAUAAAAAAAGAGACAAUAGAAGUAAUAAAUAAUAUUAAUGCAAAUUAUAAAAAAUAUUAUUGA